CCUAAACCUGUCAUCUUGAGAGAGACGACACUUGUGAGAGACGAGCUAAGAGACUUAUUUCUUUUAAAGUGUGUCUUCAACAACUGCCUGUUUACAGAGGGAUAUUUGGCUGUUUUGCCUAUUAGAAUGCUAAUGCUAAUGUCAAACGAAACUUCUACUUUAUUGAUAGUACGAUUCAGUCGGUUUGUUACACGUAGGUGAUUUUGUGAAUCUGCAAAGUAGCAACGAAAUUAAAAAUGCCACUCGCUCUGACGGGUUCUUCUGCAACCACAACGAAAGAUAAAAGAAGUUACAAAGAGGUUCAAGAACUGCUACUGCUUCACAGACGCUAUGAAGAAAAAGCUGUGCGCAUAUUUAGGAAGGGAUUGUCCGACACAAACAAAUUGGAUGAGGGACAAACCAACGCUGGAAGGCUACAACCUCGCGAACAACAGAUGGCGAUUAAUUCAUCUAACAGCGGAUCAGCGAAAACCCACACCCGUCACAAGAAAACCUCAAAAAAACUACCACAUGAUGAAUUGCCAAAACCACUUUAUAUUAAUGACAAGGAUUAUUUAAGACAACUACUUCUGAAAAGAGACCCUUACGAAGAUAUUGCCGAUAGCAAUACCGUGUCACACUCUGAAGAUCGUGCUCAACUAAGACUACCGAAAUUAGAGGGUAUACCGCCGGAAAAUAAGGAGAUAUUCUACACAACCCUUCCAAAGAUGCCAUCUUUACCAAAAAUAAGAGACAGUAAGGUUGGUAGCAUCAACCCACGCAGAAAAAAGAAACGCAUUAGUCAAAAUUAUCAGCGCGGUGAGUCGAGCACGUUUUCUGCAGAUAAUUGUUUGACCAUAAGACAGUUGCCUAGAGACCACUUUAUGCUUCAAAAUCAGUCUACGUCGAUCACAUCUCUACCGACAAAUUUUCCCGUUGGUAUAAGCCCACAAUCUCCCGAGCGAAUGGCCAUGGAUGAAGGACAGCUUUGGUUGGUGCCUUUGGUAAAUAUUGAAAUUCCUCCCUAUCGCUUAGCAAGGUGGAAUGAAGUUGAAAACGGAAGUCUUACGGUGGAGGGAGCUGGAUACAGAGAAACUCAAAAUAAUGAAGAAAGUUCGAAUAAUAAAAGCAGCGGUGGACUAAGGCAACCCAAGUAUAAAAGAAACGUGCACUUCAGUGAAUUUUUACACGAAAUUCAUCUCUAUUCUCCUAUAUCAACGCAUAGCACAAGGUCCAAAGAAGAUGUAGAGGAUAUCAAUAAUUAAUCGUUUUUGUCGUGAGAUUUUUAAAUAAAAUGACAUCUGUAAAUGCAAGUACUAAGUGGCGUAUUGAAGAGGAAAUUAACAAGAGAUUUUUCACGCGUACGAGGUUAAGUAAUAUUUAUAGCUAGUUCACCAACAGAUGUCCAUACUGAAGUAGAAAAGUCCAAUAAGAUUAUUGAAAUAGAUCGGAAAUUUACUCCUCUGUCACAGUUUAUCAUUGUGAAAUAAAAAAAAAUCUUAUUUUGUUA